AUGCCCUCCUCCGACUCCGGCGAAAGCCGUCGAUCAGCCAAGCCUCACAACACUUCCCUAGCCCCACCGCCGGCCGAGCAAGAGCACCUGCCAUGCCCUCCCUGCGACUCUACUAAUACCAAGUUCUACUACUACAACAACUACAACUUCUCCCAGCCUCGCCACUUCUGCAAGUCCUGCCGCCGCUAUUGGACCGACGGCGGCACUCUCCGUGACAUCCCCGUCGGCGGUGAAAGCCGUAAAAACGCCAAGCGCUCUCGCACCGUUCCUUCAGCCUCCACCGCCACAACCUCCUCCUCCGCGGGUGCGGCCGUCACCUCAGUUUCUUCUGUGACCCCGCUCACCAUGGUUCCCGUGGCCGGGAACAACCACCCCGGAGCACCCGUGCAGUUCGGUGGAUUAGUUGUGGAUGGUGAAGCAAAGGGUAAUAACGUGAGCUUGUGCGGUGGGAGCUUCACUUUGUUGCUGAGCAACACACAGCAGGGUCCUGGUGGGUUUCUGGCUCUGGGUGGGUUCGGGCUUGGUCUUGGGCCUGGGCUCGAAGAUGUUGGAUUUGGGAUGGGGAGAGGCGGUUGGGCUUUCCCGGACAUGGUGGCGGACGGAGGCAGCAUUGGCGGCGGUGUUGCGGGCUCCGGUGUUGGGCACACGUGGGGUGAGGGGGAGUGGGGAGUCAUAAACCAAGCCAUUGGUGACGAGGAGCUAGAGCUCGAGGAGGGAAUGUGCUUCUGCACAUUAGAAGAUGCGCGUGCUGCAUCGAUUGGUCUUACCGUAUCGCUUACUCUUCUACGCUAUCCCAGUGAUUGA